AUGGAGCCUGCUGGAGGAUCUGUGAAGCAACAGGAGCGGCGGCAGCAGCUGCAAACAACGGCAGCGGCGAAGGCGGAAAGUGCAGCCAUAGGAGGCGCCUUGACACAGCCGAUUCAAGUGGCUAAAGAACAACAACAGCAGGAACAAGAAAAGCAGCAGCAGCAGCAGCAACAACAGGAAAACCAACAGGAGAGCUCAACUAAGAGCAGCAACAGCACCACUGCUGCCUCUCCAAGCAACAAUUCCACCAAGGGCCACCAGCAGCAGCAAAAGCAGCAACAGCAGCAGCAGCAGACCAAAUGCAAUGGAUUAACGCCGCUGGAUUCGCCUCAAAAGGAUGGCAGAGGAGAAGAUGUGGCCAAAGGGCAGGCGCUUCCAAAUGCAACCAAUGACAAGGCACUUGCUGCAGCCGCAACGGCCGUAGCAGCAGCAUCUGCCGCUGCUUCUCUCUUUGAUACUAGUGAUACAGCUAUAACGAAAAGCUUGACCGCCUCAGUAGCCGCUGGCGAGACAUCUGAUAACAAAACCACAAGGAAGGUGGCUGCUGCUGCAGCAGGAGCGACGCCAGCGUCAGGGAAGUCCUCUGCCUCGAGAGGCAAAACCCCCGCCUCGAAGGCCAACAAGAGCAAUAGUAUCAACAACAGCAGCAACAGCAACAGCAGCAAUAUCAGUGGCAGUGGGUCCAACGCCUCCUCAGGGGAGGAGCCCACGGCGCAGGACCACACGCAGCAGAAUAAACAGCAGCAGAGCAGCAACAACAGCAACAUACAACUACCGCUCACCAUAAGCGCCGCAGCCAAAAAGGUUGGAGAUAUUUCAGCGAGCUCCUUGCCGGACUUCAGUGAAGCCAUUAAUAAAAUUGGGGGGCCCGCAAAUAGCAGCAGCAGCAGUAACAACGAACUCAGCAAUCUGGGCAGGUGGGGCGGCGGCGACUCAGAAAAGGCAGGAUUUAUGUUGCAGAGCUACUGCUCUGCGCCUGCUUCUCUCUCAUUUGACAUGCAGCAACAGCAGCAGGAACCCCUGCAGCAACGAGCCAACCUUGCUGCAGCAGCAGCCGUGUUGGCGCAGCCCGAAGCGAGACCCCUCACCCUGACUCGAUUUGAAAUGUUGGAAGCUUAUUCCAAAGGUCGUCUUUGCCUGAGCUGCGACUCCCGCAGCCACCGCAUGCCCAGCUGUCCUCACGGAGAGUUUGUCUGUCCGAAUUGCCACAGAGCUUCGCACAGGGGAGAGGAUUGUCCGUUGCGGUGCCGUUUUUGUCUGAAGCAUCACCCAGGAGUUUCCAUAACCGGCUGUCGCGAGCCCCUGGAGCGCUCACUGUCUCUCUCUUUGCCCCUACGGGAACGGACGCCCUCAGGUGGUUUGGGUGGAGGGCCUCGUGGAGGCCCCCACGAAGAAAUGAGUCGGCCAGACUCUGCGUUCGGUAGAAGCAUAUAUGUCUCUAACCUUCCCCUUGCGUGCAAUGCGCAGCUACUCAGUGCUGCAAUUCAGAGGCUUUUAACAAGAGGCACUGUUGAAAAUGUGGAGUACCACGAUAAGCAUGCCUUCGUGCAGUUGAGUACUUUGGAUGCAGCCUUUGAGGUGGUGGAGAAACGCCGACUUCUGCAGGUGAUGGGGUUUACUUUAAAGGUGCAGUUUAAGAAGACCGGUUUGAUGUCUGGCGCGAGCGCCCCCAGCCACAGUAGCAGUUUCAGUGGAAGUUUGCCCUCUUCAUCCUUAUCUCACCCGUAUCUCCCCAGCCUCAGUUGCCCUGCAGCUCUUAGCUGCUCUCCACAGUCAAGCGGGGCAGCAACCGCAACAGCACUAGCAGCAACAGCAGCAAACACACCAGGUGCAGAAACACGAGGUAGUGCUCCCAACUACCCUACCUUCAACACGGAGCCCAUAUCGCCUGCUUCCUUUGAGGCUUUCGUCGCUCCCCCCUCCCAGCCCUCUCUCGAUGAGCUGCAGCAGCUCGUUGCUGCUAAACUCAAACAAGAUUUGAGGGCGGGCCGCGUGUCUGCUCAGCCUUCUAACCCCCCCCAACAGCAGCAGCAAAGCCUUCGCCGUCUCCCAACGCAAAAAGGAGGGAGCGGGACUCUGCAAGCGUUACAUCAGCAGCUGGGCGGUGCAGCAGCAGCUGCCUCCACUGCUGGCAGUGGCAAUCAGCUGGGACCACUGGGCAUGCUGUGUUCUCUAAUGCAGCAGCAACAGCAACAGCAGCAACAGAAGCAGAAGGAAUCGAGUUGGCUAGAAACGCCUGCAACGCUACCCGAUUCAACCAGCUGGAUGCUCCAACAGCAAGAGACUGCCGCUGCUUUCCAACAGAUGAAACUACAGCAGCACCCCACAAUGCCGCAGCAGCAGCAGCAGCGCUCCACACAGCAGCAGCAGCAGCAAAUGCAUGUGUUGCCGCAGCAACAGCAGCAGCAGGGGGCCGACCCGAGGGGUUCACAGCUUAUGCAGCAACGGUUCCAGCUAGCCAGCCUUUUGCUGCAAGAGGCAGCAAACAUGCAGCAGCAGCAACAGCAAGAAGAUCAGCAGCAGAUGCACAUGCUGCCGCUAGAGCAGCAGCAGUUCUUGCAGCAGGAACAGCUAAAGCAAGACAGACAGCGCCGGCAACAACUCGACGCCUCAUUUCUUCUUGCGUCUCCUGAGAGUCAGCAGCUCAUGCUGAGGCAGCAGCAGCACAGAGCCAGCUGGGGCUGCGCCGGCGCUGAACAGCAGCAGCAACAGCAGCAACGGCAGCAGGGCUUCAUGAGUGCUGGCGAAGACAACGAAACAGCGGAGAACCAGCAAGAUAGAGUAGUGGGGCCUUCUUCUCAGGGCUCAUUUGUGGACUUUCUGGUCAACCCAGCUACUCACCGCUUCUCGGGCCUUGACAGCAGCAGCAGCAGCAGCACCAACAACAAUGCACUGUCGUUUCUUACUCAAGCAGACCAUGGAGAAAUGUUGGCGCCAAAUACUAAUUCUUCACUAGCUGCGAAAACGCCGCAGAAAACUGAAGGGCCUCUGGGGGGAACCCAGUCCAGCUCCGACCUGCUGGAAUUCGCAACAGCACUGGUGCAGCAGGCACUGGGAGACGGUGCAGGAGGCCAGCAGAAGCAGCAGCAAGUGCACCAGCACCCAGUGCAGCAGCAGGCACAGCAGCAGCAGCAGAUGCAGCAGCCAUCUACGCUUCGAACCACUCCACAGCUGCUGUGCCCUCCGGCUGCUUCCGCUAACAACGACAACACAACGGAGCUCCUCCAGCAGCUUCUUCUGCUGCUAUCUGAGAAGACCGGAGGAGGAGCCGCAGCGGCAGCUGCAGCUGGAGCAGCAGCAACAGCGGCAACCGCAGCUACCGAAAAAGCACACAACGCCGGCUUGAUGGCCAGCGUGCCAUUCUACUGA